ACUAAUCUUUCCUUUGUAUCUUUAGUUUUCUUCAUUAUUCCUUGCUCCCAAAGGGGUGAGACCAGUGAAGUAUCCUAGAUGGAUGCUCACAGGCUUUUAAGAUCCCGGACGCUACUCACCAAUGUAGAAUGUAGAACAUAUUCUUUAUAAACUCUGUUAUGCCAAUUGAGCUAGAUGUUCCCUGAGACCAUGGUCCCCACAGCCCUCAGUCCAGCAAUUCCCUCAGGGAGCUGGAUGUGUCUAUGGAGCUACCAUGACCUUGCCUUGUACAGGUUUGCACAGACAAUUCUAACUUGCAUGAUACUCUCCUAGAAGUGGGCAUGGCCUAGAAAAGCAGGACUUACUUAUUUUUCUGUUUUAACCCCAAUUUUACAGAUGUCAAGUGGGAAAUGCUGACUCUGGGCUGCGGUGGUCAGGACAGUCCACACCUCAACACCAGAAGAAAGGACGGUGGCGAGCCUGUGCCCUAGGCUGAGGUGGCUUCCGCCGAUCACCCAUGAGAGCCCGUCAUGUUGACCGCGCUUGUGCCAGGAUGUGUUCUCUCUCCUGCCUUCUUUCCCCUGGCUCUCUCUACAGCAGCUCUCAGAAUCUGCCUUUGGCUUCUCUAUUUGGAGACACCCUUUAAACAGCUCGCUGACCUCAGCUCUCCACAUGACUCCUGGCUCUACAAGCUCCCUUGCUUUUACUGCCACCCAGAGUUCCAGGACCAUGAGGAUCUGAAACCAGAAUGAUAGGAAGAUGACCCCCCACCCCCUUUCACAAGGUUGGUAGAUAUUGAGAUGGAGUCAGUCAUUUUCACUAUGAUUCCCUGCUCAGGCCUGUGAGGGAGCUCUGGAAAUCUGUGGAGAAAGGGCCUUUCUGACGUUUGGCCAGUGAAUUUGGGAGACUGAGUUAAGUGGGCAAGAACGAAGGUUUCAGCAGAGAAGGAAGAACCUUGGCGUUCCAACCCCCUAUUUACAAGUGGGGGAAAGUGUGGCCUGGGGAGCUCCCUGCCAACCCUACCUACUCCCCCUGCCACCCCGCCCCCAGUUGAAUAAAGUGACAGACACACUUUCCUUGGUUGUGUUGGAAUAAGAUCAACAUCUAUCACCAGGUUAGGGGCUAGAAACAGCACCAGUAAUGCUGCGAGCAGCUCCUGGAGGCAGUUUCCGGGCUGGUGGCAAGAUCUCUGGUCUCUGAUGGGGAAGAGACCCAAGCAAACUUUUGAAAUGGGAAAGAAGGUGUGGUCAGUAAUUAAGGGGGUGUGGGCAUGUAAUUACUUGGAGUCCAGUGGUGCAGUGGUUAAGAGCUAUGGCUGCUAACCAAAAGGAUGGCAGUGUGAAUCCCCCAGCUGCUCCCUGGAAAUCCUAUGGGGCAGUUCUACUCUGUCCUAUAGGGUCACUAUGAGUCAGAAUUGACUCGAAGACAACGGGUUUUUUUUUGGCGGGAGGGCAUGUAAUUAGAAGCCCUGGUGGCAGAGUGGUUAAAAGCGCUUGGCUGCUAACCAAAAUGUCAGUGGUUCAAACCCACUAACUGCUUCGUGGAAGAAAGAUGUGGCGGUCUGCCUCCCUAAAGAUUAUAGCCUUGGAAAUCCUAUGGGCAGUUCUACACUGUCCUUCAGGUUCACUGUGAGUCAGAGUUGGCUCACUGGCAGUGGGUAUAGUUUCUGUUUUUGUUUUCUUCUUUGGCAAUAAUAGGCCAUGGCGCUCACUGGUGUGGCCUCUCCUGGGAGAGCUCCUUCUCCCCUUGCAGAGGGGCAGACUUUGUUGUUUUGAACCUGACCUGAGCCCCUCACCUCCAUGGCCAAGAUACCCCAGACCCAAAGCUGCGAUGACCCCAGGCCAGUAUGUGGGACCUGGGCAUUGUGACCUCAGCUGUUGCACACAGAGAGGUGGUCACCUGCCCUUCCCUGGACCUGUAAUUUGCAUAGGAGUGGCCUGGUCACAGGGGCCCUUGCGGGGAGGCUGGGAAGCUGAAGAACACUCUGGCCUACUCCACUAUGUCGGCCAAGAGGGCGGAACUGAAGAAAGCAAACCCGGUAAAGGAGAAACGUUGCUCAACAGUGCAGGGCCUCUUGGAGCUCCUUCUGUAUGGAGAUGGGGUGGGGGACAGAGAAUGCACCUAAGAGCCCUUGGCUUUCUUCCUCUUUGCUUGGAGCAUGAGGUGGCCUCUUUGCCUGGAAUGGGGGGCGGGAUUAAUCCUUGGCCUUGGGGUGGGAAGGAAAGAGGCCUCUGCUGACUCCCUCUGGGCACAAGGAACACUGUCAUACCCUCACGUCUGCUCACGGAGCCACGACCGCCAGACAGGCCUGCACCACGUCAGCAUCUGACAGGCAUGUCUAAGGGUCACAAAUAACCUUACCUGGUAAAUAGAAUGAUCACUCCCAUUUUAUAGAUGAGGAAACAGAAGCUCAGAGAGACUACGUACCUUGCCCAAGUUGACACAGCUAGUGAGGACAGCUGAGAUUAGAACCUAGGUCUGUCUGUCUCCGAAGCCUGUGUUCCUGGAACAAUACUUGGCUUCUUUAAAUUUGUCUUCAAGUGCGCUCUUUGCCCAGGCUCUUCCAGUAGGGACAGGGCUGCCUGCUGAAUGGGCAGGCGCAUGUGUGUAAGAAGAGCAUAACCUGACCAGAUCUGAGUUGUCGUGAGUCAGGUAGGGCUGCUGGGGGUUGUGUGGCCUGAGCUCAAGCAGAGCUGGGCAGGAAGGUUAGAGUGGGGUGCUCUUACCAGGUCAGAGUGUUAAACCGGUUGCCGUAGAGUCUACUCUGAUGCCUGGCAACCCCACACGUGUCAGAGUAGAACCGCGGUCCACAGGGUUUUCAAUGGCUAUAAUCUUUCUGAAGUAGAUUGCCAGGCCUUUCUUUUGUGGCACCUUUGGGUAGAUUUGAACCACCAACUUUUCAGUUAGUAGCUGAGCCCUUAACCGUUUGUGCCACCCAGGAACUCCUAUGACCUCCUUGGCCCUCCCACAGUCUUAAUGAUUGACAGGCUGACUUCCAACUGCUUCUCUCUGCAGAGUAAGAACUACAAGACAGCUUGCCUGGAAUUGAAGGCAGAGCCGACCAAAACGUAUGACUACAAAGGAGUUAAACAAGAAGGGCCAACUACCAAGAUAGGAGGGACAAAGGAGUUAAAGAAUGAACUCAGGGAGGUGAGGGAAGAGCUCAAGGAAAAAAUGGAGGAGAUAAAACAGAUAAAAGAUAUAAUGGACAAGGAUUUUGAUAAACUCAAGGAAUUCGUGGAAAUUAUGAAGGACAUGCAGAAGGAUAUGGAUGAGAAGAUGGACGUCUUAAUGAAUAUACAGAAAAGCAACAAGGUACCCCUUAGAAAACGACCAAAGGAACAGCAAGAACUCAGAUCGAUGGAGAAGACUGACUCAGACCCACCAUUCAGGCUCAAUAGAAUGGAUAAAGUUGAUAGAGCACCAUCUGUUCGUCUCAGGAAGAUCAUGGCACCACAAAAAGUAAAACAGGACACACUGGAUUCCAUUCAUUGUAGGACCUGCGAAACUUCCACACCAGGCCUGGGCACCUUUCUCACCCUUGACAUCCAGUGCUGCCUUCUGAUUCAGCUGUACUUCAACUCCAGUGCAACCAACAACAUCCUUCCAACCUUGUACAGUCAUAAAACUUAACAGCAGCUCCUCCCCACACCUUGAGCUAUACAGUAAGGGCUUCUUGCCCUCUCAAAUACCACCCCACCCCAGGCCUCCACCAGGAGAUUAAAAUCUUCAUUUAAAGCCAAAAGGGGAUCACCAUGUUGAGUAACAGUCCAAAACUUGAGUGUGCAAGGAGUGUCAUUUUCUCAUUCUAAAUCAGCAUAUUUCAGACUCCAACACAUCUUCCUGCUUCCUGGUGAAUUAGUGGGAAAAUCCACCUUGGUCAUCCUCAAGAUUUCCCCUACACCACCUCCUUCCACCACUCCACCUUAUUCUGCAGAGGUCCCAGGUCUUACAUUAACAGGUCAAAACACAGGAGGCCAUGUCUGUCUGUUCUGGUCUCAGAAGAGACCCCUGCUGUCUUAUCCAUCUGGUCCCUUCCUGUCCUCAACUUCCUGCUCUUGCAGUAUGCAUAGUGCCUAAUGUCUUGGGGAGUGCAGGAACCCCCAGGCCCAGGCCUGCACUGUUCCCUCUGAGGUAUCAUCACCUAGCAGGGUGGGGGUUCCCACUGUUCAUGGAAUGGAGUCCCCUACCUGGGCUCUGAGGAUCCACCUCCUGGCCUCCUCCUUCGUCUUCCCUUCCCUGAAGGAGACGUACCCUUCCAGAGGUCUUAGACCUUUGCAUAUGGGGAGAUGAGCCAGGAACCCCUGACUGCUCCACUCUCUGCUCUGCCCCAAAUCCCCUGAGGGAAGGUGAAGCUUGGCUGCUAGCUUGAAAUGAAACCAAAGACAUGGAUAACAGUAUUUUAAUAAAUUAC